UUUGGCGCAAUGCCCCUGACGCUGUCUCUUAUACACAUCUAGAUGUGUAUAAGAGACAGGUGUAGUGGUGUCUGCUCGUAUCAGCACCACUAUCACUGCAGGAGGCGUUUUUGUGAAAAAAAAAAAAAAAAAAAAAAAGGGUCGGGUAGACUUUUGAGGUUAUUGUAGCUCGGUGGAGUGAGUCCACGUCAAGCAAGAAAUCGAUUGAAGCAAGCAGCAUGGCGGAUGGUGGCUAUGGCGGCCAGAACUGCAAUUGUUACAAUUGCGGCUUGUGCGGCCAUUUUGCACGUUGGUGCCCGUAUCCUCCAUGCAACAACGGAUAUGCGGGUUCCCCAAGAAACGACGGUUAUGGAACUGUGAGCUCGGGAGCUAAUGCGGUCCCGGUCAGGAAUGACAGUUUUGUGCAAGGAAGGCCGAUCCUCGCACCGCCUCAACCUCCACUUGCGAAUGGACAGCAAGCACCUGGUCAACACGGGCAGCGAUUUGAUCCCCCGCCUCCGCCUCCACUGCUUCAAGCUCCACCGGCCGCACCAAGUGCAUCUAGUGCUAUCGUUCCAUAUCAGCCUCCCGCGCAAAACGUUGUUGUUCCCUAUCAACAGCCACGUGGCGGUUCUAAUGGGAAUGGGUCACGUGCUUGGAAUAAUAGGCCACGUGACGGGGGUGGAGAAGGGGAGGGGUUGAUGAUAUUAAGAGAAAUUUGGAAUGAAAGGCGGGAGGAAAGGGAGAGAAGACGUGAAGAGGAGGAUCGAAGGGUGAGGGAAGAGCAAGCUAAACUGGCUCGAGAGGAAGAGCAGAGAAGGUUCGAACAAGAGGAAAAACGUGAGGCCGAUCGUGAGGCUCGUUUGGCCAGUAUUCUUCGUGAACAGAUGGAGGAAAUGGAGGUAAAGAAGGAGGCGUCGACAGAUACUAGCAAGAAGAAUUGGGAUAGAAUCGAUCCGCCGUCGAAAGAAGGGGAUAAGAACAAAUCCGGAGAGAGCACGGAUAGCAAGAAACAUGAUCAAGGUACCAUGGCGGGUGAAUCUGUUGAUCCGCAGCAACAAGGAAGUGGUAGACCGCGUGUAGAAAACGCCGCUACCCCGUUGGACACGGGGCUCAUCAGAAUGGACAUCGAUCCGGUUAGAAAGGCGCAAGAGGCGCAAGCGGCAAUGUUCCAUCAGAUGCUGACAUGUCUCGAAGCCAUUAGACAACAGGGUGCUGGUUUAGUUCCCACGACCGUGUCAAGCUCGCAGGAUCCAGCUGCGAAUCCUGGAGUCCCUCCAAGCACCAAUCCUCCCGCACCUCCUGCUUAUCAAACUGCUCCCCCUCCUACUUAUCAAACUGCUCCCCCUCCUACUUAUCAAACUUCUCAUCCUCCACCUCCUGCUCAAUCUCCCGCUCCCGCUCCUGCGCCACCCAAUCCUCCGGCUCCUCAACCACCUAAUCCUCCUCCUCCUCCGCCCCCACCUGUCCAGGUGCCUGUGACUCCGGCUCCAACAAGGCCUGUGCGGGGUGCACCCAGCCACAACGAGCCUGCCAUUGAACCUGGUCCGUCGAGAGGCCGAUCUGGUCAGGAUGGUACACCAACAGGGGGAGGCUUCUCUGCCAGGUUGGCUGGAAUGUUCGCCUCGGUCGUCCGCAAUAGCACUAGGAGGCGUACCAGCGGCAUCUCCAUCAACGAGCCCUCCAGUGAAGAUUUGGGUUUCGACCGCAUCAACCGAGGAAAGAACGCAGCGGUUGCCGGACCUGGGAAGGAGGGGAGAAUGAAGUACGUGGAGGAGUUGACUGAAGUCUUGUUCAACAAGUCCAAGCACGACCUUGAAGAACUCUGCAAGAAGGACAAGAUAAAAUAUGUGAACAAGAAAAUUACCUAUGUUGCACUGGUGCGGCUGCGAGGUAUUGACGCGUAUGGUGAAGAAUCAGAGGAGGACGAAUCUGAGGAAGAUUCUCAAGAGGAGAACCCUUCCUAAUAAUCCAUCAAGGACUCCUCCUCAUGGCUCGAACUAGAGAAUGUAAGACGAGAAAGGAAGACUAAGGGCUGGCAGGGGAGUGGAGCACGUGUUCUAGACCUAUGUAACACCCGCGGACGCGUCCACGGGUCCGAUCUCGGAUGGCGGACGCAAACGCGUCCGCGACCGA